CUCCCCCCCCCCCCCCUCCCGUGACGCCAUUUAACUCUCGACUGAUUUCAGGAGAGGAGUUGUUUCGGUAACUGUACUGUCGAAGCGAGUUAUUUGAAGCGGAACGGCAAUAAUUGAAGUUCAGCGGCGCCGGAGGCCUUGGGCUUUAGGAUGCUGCAACGGGUGGUGAGAGGGCGAGUGCUGUGGACAGAGUGAGCGCGACACUGAGGCCUGCCUACGGCUUCCUUCAGGCCUGAUCACUUCACCCCACUGUUGUCUUUCCCGGCUUAUUCCACUCCCCCAACCAUGCCUUUCUUCGCCAACAACCCUUUCGAGCAAGAUGUCGAAAAAGCCACAAAUGAGCAUAACACUAGUGAAGACUGGACUCUCAUUAUGGAUAUCUGUGAUCGUGUUGGAACAACACCAAAUGGGCCAAAAGAUUGUCUGAAGGCAAUUAUGAGGAGAAUAAAUCACAAAAAUCCACAUGUGGCAAUGAAGGCUUUAACAUUAUUAGGAGCCUGUGUCUCAAACUGUGGGAAGAUUUUCCACCUAGAAAUAUGUUCUCGGGACUUCACAAGUGAGGUUGGAAAUCUAUUGGGCACAUAUACUAAGGCUCAUCCAAAAGUGUGUGAGAAGCUUAAGGCAUUAAUGGUGGAAUGGGUGGAGGAGUUUAACAAGGAUCCCCAGCUUAGUCUUAUUGCUGCUACUGUUAAAGCACUUAAAGAAGAUGGUAUCUCUUUUCCUACGGCCAGCUGUCAGCAGAACCAGAGCACUGCAAAUUCUUCAAAAAACGGCAGUACGUCGAUAAGUAGAACUACUGAAGAUAUAGAUCUAGCUAAAGCUAUUGAAAUUUCUUUACAAGAACAGAAGCAGCAACAAACGGAGACAAAAUCUUUCUAUCCAUCUGCAGAUAGCGCUGUGAACUGCCAUAGGAGUGAGAUGCGCAUGGUCCGCGCUCUCUAUGACUUUGAGGCAGUUGAAGAUAACGAGCUUACUUUUAAAACUGGGGAAAUAAUCACCAUACUAGAUGACAGUGACCCCAACUGGUGGAAAGGAGAGACCAAAAAAGGUGUUGGGCUUUUUCCUUCAAAUUUCGUAUCAACUAGUCUGAACACAGAACCCGAGCCAGAGAAAGUUGUGGUACCAGAGGAGACAACUGUACAAGAUGUUCAGUCUUCUGAGCCUGAGCCAGUUUAUAUAGAUGAGGACAAGAUGGACCAGGUAUUGCAGAUGCUUCAGAAUGCAAUACCUACGGAUCAGCAACCUGACUCGGCAGAGCUGCUCCACUUAGAAGAUGUGUGUCAACAAAUGGGACCAAUCAUUGAUGAAAAGCUUGAAGAAAUAGACAGGAAGCACUCAGAGCUGUCGGAGCUGAACUUGAAAGUCUUGGAGGCCCUGGAGCUGUACAAUAAAUUGAUGAAUGAUGUGCCUCUGUACUCUUCUAUAUACUCCAAGCCUCAGACCCAGUCACAAGCUCAGGGUUUCUACACACAACAGCCGGGCUCUGUCCCAAUGCAGGUGUAUCGAGGACAGUCUCAGAGUGCAACUUACAUGGCAGCAGGCAUCUCCCAGGUAGCAGCAAGCCAGGGCUACAGUAUAGCACCAGAUCAGAUUGGUGCGCUGAGAUCUCUGCCCCCCAAUGCAAACCAGAGCAGUCAGCCUCCCUAUAUAAGCACUGGAGCACCACCAACGUACAUGAACCAAGCAGCAAGCCUCCAGGUGACAAGUGGACCUGCCACCCCCUACACAGCUCAAGUAGGAUUGAGCACUGACAUGUCUGCCUAUCAGAACACUACAGUCAGUGCAUCUUUGGCUGCAGGCUACCCCAUGGUGUCCCAGGCUCAGUCUCUCCCCCAGCAACACUCUAACUACUUCCAGCAGCCACUGCUUUGAAGCUUGUCUCUGGGUGCACAUCUCCAGGCUGUUGUACUGGUUUCUGUGUUACUGUGCUGGUACUGCCCUGUUUAAUGUGCACUGUGCCAGUACAUAAGUGUUACAUUUGAGAUUUCCUUUCACCAACCCUUACUGCUCACAAGGGCAUUUGUAGUGGGCUAAUUUUCUUUUUAAUGAAAUGGGUGUAAAUUCGUUUUCUAGUUUUUUAUGUGGCCUCUCCCUCUCUCAGAUCUGGUGUACCAUUAAGUCCUUUUGCUCAUGGCCCCACUGAGAAUUCAGGUGUUCCAGCAAAUUGUCCUUGCUGAAUGUUGUGGGACUGACAUGUACCAGCAUUCCCUUCCCACUCUCUCAUUGCAACUACAAGACAUGACCCUCGAGAUUCACACUGGCUUAGUUCUUGGAACAGUGAAAGGUGUAAAUCCAACUAGACUGUAGGAAGAGACUGUGGAGUGCACCUGGGACUGGUUACUAUUAGCUACAGAAUUUUAAACUAGAGAACAAGGUUGUUGAGAAAGAGCACAAGUUAGAACAGACUGACUUUGUCAAGAGCAUCAGAAUUACAGGUGAGGAUUAGUUUUUAAGCUGAAUACCAACUCAGUGAUGUGACUAUUGGCAAUCUGGGUAAGUAAGGACUUGGACUGUAAUCUCUGUAUUCCUUUCUGUUCUGGAUUGUGGGACACUGAAUUUUAUGCCCAAUCUUUUCCAUUUUUUCUCAGUCAUGACCAGGCAGAGGUAGGUUCUGAAAUUCAACCACAGUGUGUGAUAUUGCACUUGCUGCUUUGUCACAAUGAACAAUGAGCUGAUCGAGAUUGGGCAGACAGAAGACUGAGCAUAAAAACUCACAAUGAAAGUGGACCCUGAAGUUGCCCAAAAACUGACUUUAAAACAAAAAUACUGUACUUUUAAAAGCCUGAAGUAUCAUCGUAAGUCAAUAAUGGGUAAAGAAUUGAGUAAAGCAGUAGUGGUGAAGCAUCUGACGAUUGUGCUUUGAACAUGUUCUGCUCUGGGUUCAUGGUCCAGUGGUCAUUUUGUUCACAUUCACAGUUCAGUGAGUGUACAGAAUUAUCAAUGCAUCAAUACUUCCUUUUAUCAACUAUGCUUCAUGAAAAAUCUCCCUCAACAGAUCGUUGUGUAGAUCAUGAUUCUAUCCCUGUGACACCCAUGGAAUUGAAUUAAUUAAUUUUUAUAUUGAUCUGUAUGCAUCAGAAAUCUAAAUAAGCACAUAAUCUUUUAUUACCUUGUUUUGCGAUUUGAAAAUUCAUGCUUCUGUCUGUAGAAUUUGGUACUUUAGUUACCUGGACAAAUACAGCCCCCCUUCUCCACCACAGGACACACAGUGUCCCCGAACUAAGUGCUUUGAUCAGGAAUGUGUGUAUCUGAAAUGGUCACAUAGCGAUCAUCCCUUUAAUCAUGUUCCGCCAUGGACUUUGCAAGAGUCUACAACUGUACAGGAGUAAAUUUACAGGAGGUGCUAUAACCUUGGCUUUCAACAGGGAAAGUGAAACACUUGUGGAUCUGUUUUGCAGGUUCUUGACUGAAAUUGUGCAGCUCAAUUCUGAUUGAGCCAGCUUUUGGUACCUCUUUUCCCCCUACCCAAAAUGUGACCAUUCAGAGUAUGAAUUGCAAUCUGAUGUUCUUGGAGAGAUUUUGCAACUGGUGGGGGAAAAAAAUUUUAUAUUUCCAGUUUACUUGUGUUUUAAAGUUUGUGGUGAGCCCUGUGUUCAAUUGUUAUAAUAGAAUACUUGAUAAUACUCAAUGACUUAAGUCUAGUUCCAAGAUCAAACAUUGUGAACCUCAGUUGGCAUGCUUACAGAAAAGUUGACAUGUUUACAGAAAAUUGGGGAAUAGUUCUUUGAAAUACUUCUCUUUUAAAAGACAAGAUUUAAUAAUGUUGCUGUUUAAAUAUUUAAAAAAACUAUUUGUUAUACUAAUGACAAUACUGUAGGAUACAGCAGGAUUUUGUACACUUGUGUUGCGCACAAACUGGACAAGGAUAACUCUUGUACUCUUGGGAGAUUCCCUUGUGCUUGUGAGGCCAAUCAAGGCACAUUCCCUUUUCUCCAGUAUCCUGCGUCCCCCUCCCCCCAUUCCUCAUCCAUAAAAUAUUCCUUACAAUAAUGACAAUUUCUGGCCUGGACACCUCUCCUCGUUUCACCAGAUAUUAACCUGUCCCUUUGUGGCUCGUUGUAACUAGUUGUCACUUAAUUCCACCCAUUUUGGUAGCUGCAACUAACAAUAAGGAAUUGUACGUACUGCUUCUUUGGGUGUGUUAGUGAUCACAUAUUUAUAGCCUCAGUUUUGGUGUCUCCCAAUAUUUAAGUUAAGCCAUUAGAUAUUUGGGCUAGAAAAAUAUCACAAUCUGAAGAUUGUCACAAAAGUAGGAAUGGUCACUUCGUCAAACUUAGUUUCCCUUUUUAAAUCUGCUUAUUUAUAUUAAGCAACUACUUGUAUUUAAAACAAGCACAAUAAGACAGAAACCAGUCAACCCCAGUUAAUUCUAUUAUAAUGUAUGUUGAAGAUUUGUUUAUAGUUGUAUUUUACUUUAUUCCUUUCAAAUAAAGAAAAUAAUCUGCUGGUUUGGGCUGUUUUCCCACUUGAUAUUUGCUUUUGUGUGCGUGAUGCUCAAUCAUUGUAAUUGGGAGUGUGGGAUUACUUUUUUUUUGUUUAUUUCUAUCUGCACAAGACCCUUAGUUCUAAUUUUAUUCCUUCAGUGAGUGUUGUAAUAUCAUAGAUGCAAGAUGUCAGCAAGAAUGAUGCACAAUGGUGGCUUGUACUGAUAUUUACUAGGCUUCAACUGCCUUCUAAUUCUUUCAAAUACCGGUAAUAAAAUAAUUAAUUUUUAUUUAAAUAAA